AUGUUGGCCGCUUUGUCAGUUGGUCUUCUCGUCUCCAUCUGCAGCCAGGGCGCGCUGGCUGCCUUUGGCCUCACGGACAAUGGCGACAGCUAUACCAUCGAUGCGGGGUCGGCCAACUCGCUGGUCGUCACGGUUGAUAGUGCCAGCUGCGACAUCACGUCGAUCGUAUACUACGGCCAGGAGUACCAGUAUUCCGCACAGGGGUCGCACAUCGGGUCCGGUCUUGGGUCCGCAGACGUCACUGCAGAGACGAUUGAUGAUGUGAUCAAGGUGACUUGCACGACGGACACGCUCAUCCACUACUACGUGUUCAAGUCAGGGGACAGCGCCAUCUACAUGGCGACGUACACCAGCGCGGAGCCCGAGAUUGGCGAGCUGCGGUACAUCGGGCGGCUGGACUCGUCGGUGCUGCCGUACGAGUACCCGUUCGGCGACGUGUCGACGACGGCGGACAGCAGCUCGACGGUCGAAGGGUCGGACGUGUUCGUGGUCGACGGCGAGACGCGCAGCAAGUUCUACUCGAGCGAGCGCUUCAUCGACGACGACGUGCACUGCGUGUACAGCGACGCGACGCACGCGUGCAUGCUGAUGCCGCAGUACGAGACGUCGUCGGGCGGGCCCUUCCACCGCGACAUCAACUCCAACAACGGCGGCGACAUGACGGCGCUGUACUGGUACAUGAACAGCGGCCACGUGCAGACCGAGUCGUUCCGCCAGGGGCUCCACGGGCCCUACGCCAUGUACUGGUCGCGCUCGGGCAUCCCGACCCUGGCCAGCGUCGACUUCUCCUUCAUGGCCGACCUGGACCUCGAGGGCUACGUCGCCGACAGCGCCCGCGGCACCGUCACGGGCACCGCCUCGGGCGUCGACGGCGACACGUACCAGACGGUGCUGCACUGGUACAACGACGACGCCCAGUACUGGGCCUACGCCUCGUCGUCGGGCGCCUUCACCUCGCCCGCCAUGAAGCCGGGCACCUACACCAUGGUCCUGUACCAGACGGAGCUCAACGUCGCCACCUCGACCGUCACCGUCACCGCCGGCGCCGCCACCGCGGCCGACAUCGCCAGCGCCUGGGCCGCCGGCUCCGAGUCGCUCUUCCUCAUCGGCGCGUGGGACGGCAAGCCGGACGGCUUCCUCAACGCCGAGAACCAGCUGCGCAUGCACCCCAGCGACGCCCGCAUGGCCGACUGGGGCCCCGUCACCUACACCGUCGGCUCCUCGGCCGCCAGCAGCGUGCCCAUGGCCCUGUUCAAGGGACUCAACGACCCGCUGACCAUCACCCUCGCCCUCGACGCCGACGCCGCCGCCGGCGCCGCCACCCUGCGCGUCGGCACCACCCUCGCCUUCGCCGGCGGCCGCCCCUCCAUCACCGUCAACGACCACUCCGACUCGGCCGCCGCCCCGACCCAGAUCAACUCGCGCGGCGUCACCCGCGGCGCCUAUCGCGGCUACGGCGAGAUCUACGACUUUGACAUCCCCGACGGCACCUUGUCCACCGACAAUACCAUCACCAUUUCCGUCAUCUCCGGGAGCAGCGGGGACAGCUUUUUGACGCCCAAUUUCAUCCUCGAUGCCAUUGAGCUUUUCAGGUAG